CUUCACACAGGACAGGCCAGAUUUUUACAAGCGUCAAGUCUACAGAAUCUACUGACAGACCGAUCGACUGAAAAUGGUUUUCCUUGCUGUGUGCGCGUUUCUGUUGGCACUUGCCGCCCCUUCCUUUCAACAACCCGGUUAUGUUGAUGGCCUAGUAGGUAACAUUAACCAAGGCAACUGCUACGACCGUUGCUACAGCGCUUACCAGGUCAACCCCAACAGGUAUCUGGUCACUGGGUGCAACUGUGUCCAGUACGACUUUACCCAAGGUCCCAUUGGUGGUCCGGUCAAGGGUCAGCCAAUCAGGGAAGGUCACUGUGGCUACCUGUCGGCCACCUGCCGGGCUAACCCAGGGGACUACAACACGGUGGUCAGGUUCACCUUCGACUACCAGCUCCAGAACUGUGUCAAGGUCUCCGUCUACAGCUCCUGCAGCUACCAGGUGGGCGUGUCCAGCAACAUCUUCCCCAGCCAACAGGAGUGUCUUAGAACCUGUCAGGCAAUCAAGGGAGGCUACUGAAAUUUUGUUCAAAUAUAUUCAAUA